AUGAUUUGGGGGAGGUUAAAGGGAGUAGGGAUGCUGGUGGUUCCGUGGUGUGCAACAGGACGAGGGGAGAGUGGUGACAGCAGGGGCUUGCUAGGUGGAGGCACGGUGGUCGACUACGACUGCAAAGGUGGAGGUGCAAGAGUGGUGCGCACAAUGAGGUGGUGGAGGCGCCGCGCAGAAUCGCGCGCGGAUAGGGCUAGGGCAUGGUGGCGAAGCCGCAGCGACUCAAGGCGGCUGGCCAGGGGAUUUGAUAAGGGAGAUGGUAUGGGGUUAGUGGCGCGGCUAAGACCCAUGGUGGUUAACCGCGCGGUGGAUGUGGCCGUAGUAGGGACAGUGAAGAAAAAGGUAGGAGGUGGUGGGGUCCGCGACUGUCAGGCAUGA